GCUGCCCGGGCUGGGGGACGGUUGGUACCUGCGAGGGAGGGGAGCUACCUGCAGGGGCCGCCUUUCCUCUGCCUGUGCACGCGCUGUGCUGCUGGGGCUCGCCCCUCCCCCCCUUCUUCCCCAGUGACUGAGGUGGCAGAACCAUGGCGGAGGGUCCCACUCACCUGUUGGAGGUUUGCCGUCAGAAACUGUCCGAGUUCUUGUGUAAUGUCGAGCACAAGCACUUGGCAUGGCUCCGGGAAAUUGAGGAGGAGGCCAUGAAGAUGUUCGAUAGCAACUUGAGUGCUGAACCUGAGCUGAUGCCCAAAACACCAUCACAGAAGAAAUACCGUAGGAAGAAGCGCUCCUUAUCUCUUAAGGAUGAGAACAAUGAACUGACCAGAAAAAGGUUAUCGAGAAGGAGAAGCAGCCUCAAGCCAGCAUCCUCUAAGCAAGUUUCCCAAAGGCUCAGAAGCAAAGAGGGACUGGAAAAACCCAGUGAUGUUCAAAAGGGAGUCGAUGCUUCUUUUUCAACAAUGAGAUUCCACUCCAAGGUUGAAGCAGAGUUUUCUCUUCCAUCGGAGGCAGUGGCUAAGACACCAGCUAUCUUGUUAGUAGAAGAGCGGGUUUCCUUGACAGAAAUCAGUGUUGACAACCACAGUGGUGCUGACUUGUAUUUGAAGAGGAAUAGGCCUGAAAUAAUAGACCAGGCCUUGGAGAUCAUCUCCCUGAGUAUUGAUGACCAAGCUCCCAAGAAGCCUAAGAUUACUGAACUUCAACCUAUGUCUGCAGCCUCGGCACUGGUGAUCCCUGACACUCCUGAGGCAAAGGGGACAGGAGAAGACCGGGAUGCUGCCAACUUUAGAAUAGCAAAUACAUCCACGCCAAAAGCUGCUGUAAAUGGGGAGCCCGGAGCUGAGAGUGAUGUUUCUGCUCAGGGGCCAGAAAAGGAGCUUUUCCAGGACUUAAAGGACAGCACAGGGACCUCAACAGGGUCCAAAUCAAGCCGUCCCUCUGCACGCAGAAGCCAGAGGGGUAAGUCCCAUAAGCACCGCAGGACCUCGCUAGCAGAGAAGUAUUCUCUGGCCAGCAAAAGAGAGAGCAUGAUCCGGAAAUCUAUCAGCAGGGCUAUCUCUAAGAAGAAGGCAGCUCGGGAGUCCUCUUCAGCCUCCAGCCACGUGAGCUGCCACAGCUCCCUGGAGGUAUUUGUGGAUGAAGAUGCAACCAGCAAUGUCAGGCCUGAACUGGAACCAAAUGCUGAAUCUGACAAGGCUCCAAAACACCUGCAGAAAACCUUCAUUAUUCCAAAUGAAGGCAGCCCUGUUGCAGAACAGUCAGCUCAGACUGAACCACUGAAUGGGGCAGAGCAGCAGGCAGAGAGCCAUUUGAAAAAAAGUGGCACUUCUCAGAGCAGUGGGAGCAAGGAGCAGCCCCAGAAUGCCAAGCCACUAGAACAGCCCUCGAGUAUCCGGAGACAGAGUUAUAAGCAAGCAGUGGAUGAGCUAUGUAAUGGGCAGCAGCUAGAAGACUGUGACCUCUCUCCUUCAUAUGGCAAGACCACUUCUUCUCCUGCAAGCAAGACUCUAGCCUCGCCCAGCCCAGCCAACAAGGUCGUACGUCCAUUCAAACACUUUUUACAGACGGUGCAGAAGAACCAGCUGCUUGUGACCCCAGGGUCCACAGGGCACAGUAGUGUCAUGAAAAACCUUAUCAAACGCAACACUCCUACCCGACCGGAUUCCAAGGGGGAUUUUGUUGAAAAGGAGCGGCAGCGGCUGGAGAGCCUGAGGAAGAAGCAGGAGGCCGAGCAACAAAGAAAACAGAAAGUGGAGGAAGAGAAGAGACGGCGCCUCGAGGAGAUGAAAUUGAAGCGUGAGGAGCGUCUGAGGAAGGCACUGCAGGCUCGCGAACGGGUGGAGCAGAUGGAAGAGGAGAAGAAAAAGCGGAUGGAACAGAAAUUCUCUCAAAGUGAGGAGAAGACCGAGAAGUUAUUCCUGGUGAUGGUCUUCUCCUCCUGUGAACUCUGACUGGGGCUGAAGUCGCUGCACUGGGUGCCAUCUGCCUUUAAAAUAUUUAUACGCUUCACUGGGGCUUUGGACUUUCACUCUGCUCCAGAGAAAGGCAUCUUCCCCCAUGGGAUGUGAUGGGGGCCCCAUCCUUCUGAAGAGCGCCUGACUCUUCUUUCUAUGGUAGAUAAACAUGUCAAGACUGUCCCGCGUGAGGCUCGGCAGGGUCCAGACCUGAUGUGUGUGAUUCUCUCAGGUGCGAGAAGAGAAGGUGGUAGAAGAAAAGCUGAAGAAAAAAAUAGCUAAGAAGACUGAAGUGGAGACCCGAAAACACAAAGUGCUGCAGAUGAAAUCUCCUGUCUCUGACUCCUAUCAAGGGCCCCCUUUAGGAUCAAAAGAACACAGAUUUCCCAAGGUAAAUCCAAAUAACU